CUCUCGGAGCCGGGGCGGCCCCUCCUCGGCUCUCUCCCAUUCAGUUGUCUGGUCUCUGCGCCACCACAUCCUGGCGCGCGGCUGUGCGCGCUCCUCGGCCACUGAGUGCUCCCUGCUGCGCUCUGCGCUCCUCCCGGAACACCGGACCAUAGCGCAGCUGGGGCACUCUGCUCACAGCCGAGUUUGUCCGGCCCGGUGCAGUGGAAGCCUAAGUGACCCGAGAACAGCAGCCCCGGAGGUUGCGGGGGUCCGGGGCAUCAUGGAGGAGCCCCCUGUGCGAGAGGAGGAGGUGGAAGAGGACGGAGAGGAGGACGAGGCUGGCCCCGAGGGCGCCCUGGCCAAGAGUCCCCUGCAGCUAACCGCCGACGACGUGUACGACAUCUCCUAUGUGGUGGGCCGCGAGCUCGUGGCCCUAGGUAGCGAUCCCCGCGUCACCCGGCUGCAGUUCAAGAUCGUGCGUGUGCUGGAGAUGCUGGAGGAACUGGUGAACGAGAGCAGCCUAGCCGCCGAGGAGCUGAGGAUGGAGAGGGACAACCUCAGGAAGGAAGUGGAGGGGCUACGCAGAGCAGGGCCGCCCGGGGCUGAGGUGAACCUGGGACCAGACAAAAUGGUGGUGGAUCUGACAGAUCCCAACCGGCCCCGCUUCACUCUGCAGGAGCUAAGGGACGUCCUGCAGGAGCGCAACAAGCUCAAGUCGCAGCUGCUGCUGGUACAGGAGGAGCUGCAGUGCUACAGGAGUGGCCUGAUUACACCAAGAGAAGCCCCAGGAGGAAGAAGAGAAAAAGCUGUGGUUACCAGGACCAGCAAUGCCGCCAGUGACAAGGAAGAGAGGACCAUCAUGAAGAAACUGUUCUCUUUCCGGUCAGGAAAACAUACCUAGAUCGAAGGCAAUGGCCAAGGCAGUGAAAAAAC